GUAAGUGCAAAUGUCUUAAGUCCAAGAUGAUGCUUCUAAUCAAAAGACUUGAAGCACAACCAAGAUACAGCAAAUGGCGACAAUUUCAUUCUCAUUAGCUUCUCCUUCCAAGACCUUAAACCCAUCAACAAUCUCCCCCAAAAACCCUACCUUCUUCAAUCUACUAUGUAAUCCCCAACACCUCAAAACAGUACUAUCCCCACAAACCCUCUUUCUCAAAUCCACUCCUCCCAUUUCUCAUCUCUUUAUCAGGUCCCUAAAAACCCAACAAUGCCGUAUUUCUUCAACUCCAAUCACUUCCCUGUUUACCGGCAUAGUUGAAGAAAUGGGUCAAAUCAAACAACUCGGUUACACCCAACCCGACAGUUUCACCAUGAUAAUCCAAGCUAAACUCAUUCUUGAUGACAUCAACCUAGGCGACAGCAUUUCUGUCAAUGGUACUUGUUUGACUGUUGCUGAUUUCGAUACCCAGAAGUUGGAAUUUAGUGUUGGAUUGGCUCCUGAAACACUUAGAAAGACUUCUUUAAUCGAAUUGGAAAAAGGGUCUUUGGUUAAUUUGGAAAGGGCUUUAAGGCCUAGUACUAGAAUGGGUGGUCAUUUUGUGCAAGGACAUGUUGAUGGUACUGGUGAGAUUGUUGAGCUUAAACCUGAAGGGGAUUCUUUAUGGGUGAAGGUUAAGACUGGGAAAGAGCUUUUGAGGUAUAUUGUGCCUAAAGGGUUUAUUGCUGUGGAUGGGACUAGUUUGACUGUAGUUGAUGUGUCUGAUGAAGAAGAAUGUUUUAAUUUCAUGUUGGUGGCUUACACCCAGCAGAAUGUGGUGAUUCCAAUGAAGAAAGUGGGACAGAAGGUUAAUCUUGAGGUGGAUAUAUUGGGAAAGUAUGUGGAGAGGCUUCUUAGUAGUGGCUUUGUGGAUUCCAUCAAAUCUUCAUGAUAAAGAUGAACUUUUCAAAAUUGAGGCAUUUCCUUGGCUUAUAGAUCCAUGAACCAUGUAUUAUUUGUCUACAUGAACCAAUAGCAGCAGUAGAUUACAAAUGCUGACAAGGGUAGGAAAAUAUCAUUAAGAAGCACCAGCAAAAAUGAUACCUGUGAAGAACAAGGACAAAUAUCUUGGCUUCAUUAUCAACUUCUCCAUCAACGGAUACAUUUGGUUGAUCCCUUGGGUUUUGACAUCAUUCACCUUGUUUCGUAGCAGUUUAAGUUAUUGAUGUCAAAUUUGAAUUUUGCAUCUGCUUUUGUAUAUUUCUAUACAUGGCUCAAGCUGUAAAAGAUGGAUUAGUUUUUGAUGGAAAGGAAGCAUACAUAGGGUGCUUUUGAAGAAUGUUAUGUCAAAAUUUUAUUUUCCCACCAUUUGUUGAAUUUCACUGAUAUGUACUGAGCUGAAAUCUUUUUUCAACUGAGCCAUUAUUUUCACAAGCCUUCCCUCAUCUUUUUUCUUCGGGUAAAUCUUAUUCUGUUUGCUGUUUUCCUCUCUG